AUGAAGCUUUUGGAAAGUACAAGGUUCGAGGCUAUCAACAAUGCUCUUGCUAUUCAAACUGGUGAUAGCAAAAUCAUAGGUCGUAUUGAAAGUUAUUCUUGCAAAAUGGCAGGAACUGAUAAAGCCCUUUACAAAAGGUUCAAUGCUGAAGGAGUCAAUCCCAGUGAUCUUCAGGCUCUAUCUCCUCCUCAGGGGGUAUCACCUGGCCACUCUCAAUACAGUAGAAGCAUAUCUGGAGAUGAAGAAGGACCAUUAUGUGAUACAAUCAGCAGAAAAACAUUAUUUUACCUAAUAGCGACGCUAAAUUCUGCUUUUCCAGAUUAUGAUUUUAUGGACGUUAAGAGCCAUGAAUUCAGCAAGGAACCUUCAAGACAAUGGGUAACCAAUGCCAUUGAUACAAAUCUAGCUGCAACGGCGGGCGAACAGUACCGCGUUCUGGGUCCAUCCAUGUGGGCCGCAAUCGACGAUGAAAUCUCUUUGGAAAAUUGUGAUAUUUAUUCGUACAACCCUGACCUUAUCUCUGAUCCAUUCGGAGAAGAUGGCUGUUUAUGGAGCUUUAAUUAUUUCUUCUACAAUAAGAAACUGAAGAGAAUUGUGUUCUUCACCUGCAGAGCCAUCAAUCCAAGAUACACUCUUGACUCUGGAUUUGGAAGCGACUUCAUUAUGGAUGAAGACGAAUCUUAUUAA